GAAUUGCUUAUAGCAUCCAUUGCAAGAAUCAGUCUGAACAGAAGCAGUCAGUCAGUGUGCAGCCACGGCGGGUUCAACCACUCUUUUAACCGAUUUUAAAGCUCUUUUAUCUCUCGUUUUGUGUGCAUAGCUAGCUGUCAACCAUGCCAUCCAGGACUUCCCUGUUUUUGCCAGAGGAUGUCAGGAAAAGGUACGUUAGUAAAGUGAAUGCUAAUGAUGCCCGUGUAAAUGUAGCAUGCAUGUAGCCUGUUUGUAGAUGUCCAAAAAGCCAUGACAACCAGAGUGAAGUCUCUUCAAACUCCUUCUCUGGUUACUGCUUCGCCUUUAGUUUGUCCUGGCUGCUCCAGUUAGCGUUAGCUCGUUACCGCUCGACUGUCAAGCCUGCAGCAGCACACAGAGUUACUGUUAGCCGCCUGUUAGCAUGCUAGCCCGCGUCCUGUCAAUGGGAUGGAGCAGCGUGGGAGAUUUGGCGCCACGCAGGAAGUUUUGCACUGCAUAUUGUUCGUAGCUUACCUCUUAAGCUGAUUUUAUCGCUACAUCAUAUGAAGGACGUGUGCACGGAGAUUAUAAGUGUACUACUGUCGUCUUAACGUGCGCUCAGACUAACGUUGUUUUGUUAUGUGUGCUGCUCACAGGCUGCAGGUGCUGGAUAAAGAUGGAUCUUCAGACGAGGUGGGUUUUCCCGACUUACUUACUGCACUUUGGAGCACUAUAGGUUUCACUCCACUUUAUCCAUAAACGUCCACUUUCUUCCCCCUUGCCAUCAGAUUGCUAAAUGCCUAAUGACCGUCCAUGUAACCCCCCACCCUGCUGCACAGUGCCCCUGCUUUUUACUGCUUGUUAUGUGUAAAUAAGAACAUAUAUCCUUUUAUACAUACUUCUAUUUAUUGUUUUUUUGUUAUUCCACUACUACUCUAUCUCUAGAAAGUGCAACAUUGCUCACCAUGCUGCUAUUUUACCCUUAGUUUGUAUUCAAUUCAAUUCAACUUUAUUUAUAUGGCACUUUAUGUACAAAAGGAAAUGCAAUUCAAAGUGCCUCACAAAGGCUAAAAACAACAAAGACAAAAACCCCAACCCUUUCACCCACACAAACACCCAUGGACCCACACACACACCCACCCUCACUCACCCACACAUACACACACAAACAAACACAACCGCACACAGUGUGAGAAUUUAAGAUAUAUUGUUAGAGAGACAUGGCCUGACACCGAGACAUUACAUGAGGAAAGAGCUACCUUUAAGAAACACUGGAGAUAAAAAUAGAGAUAAAUAAUAAAUAAAAGGGGUAAAAGAAGUAAAAACCUGUGACGGGAAAUUAAGAAAAAGGCUUAGCACAGAGAAAAUGAAUAGAAUGACAUAGAAGAAACAUAAAAAAAAAUUGGAAUCUAAAGUAUAAAAAUGACACAGGUCGAAGUACUGAGUUGAGCUAAACCAAAGUAUGAAAUAAAAAACCCAAUCGUGUUUGACUUGUAGUCUUGAAAUGCAAAAUUGAAAGCAUGAAAUAAAACACCAAAUAUUUUUCCCCACAUUCUUGACUAUUUAUCAGAUCGUUCUUACUCUUUAAUUUGAUUUUCGUGGUUUAUUAAGGACAGUUUAAAUAAUGAUGCUGAAGUUUACAAUAUUAUAGUGGAGGAAAUCUGCAGACCUCAUACUGGUGGGCCAAUAAUAAUACAAAUAUGAUGUGAUUUUGUGGGUCAGAUAUAAUUGUUCCAUGGGCCAGAUUUGGCCCCCGGGCCUUGAGUUUGGGAAGCCAAGCAAUGACAUUUCGUUGCAGAGAGAAAUCAUUGCUGCGUUUUAUUCUGUGCCAUGAAUCAGAAUCAGAAUGUCCUUUUAUUGUCAUCAUACUAAAAGUACAACGAGAUUGGAGAGCUUCUCCUUUUCCAGUGCAAUAGACAAGUAAAAAUAAGGAAGUAAAAGUACAAAUAGUUGCAAGAAAGAAGGUACUAUAUAUACAAGAACAGUAAGAUAAAACGUAUGUAUAAGAAUAAAAUAAAAAGAUAAAUGCUAAAAAGAAAUAUAAAAAAUAAAUGUGUGUGUGUGUGUUUUUGUUUGAAUAUAUAUGUGUAUUUUUUUUUGUAUGUUUAUGGACAUAUAAAUACAUACAACAACAAAUAAAGAAAGUCUAAGUUUGAGGCCUCGAUGACUGUUACAGAGGGUUCAGGUUUACAAUACGCGGCCACCAUUCUGAUCAACAAUAUUAUUGUUUUCUCAAAAAAAAAAAAAGGGGGGGGUACCUUCCAGGUCAACUCGUGAUAUGUUGAUAUGUUUGAAGAUAAAAAGUCCAAGGUUUUCCCCAUGGAUACACAACAUACUGUUUGUCCUAUAACAAAGUGACGUUAAAGCCAUGAACUGAAGUUUCUAAACAGGAUUUAUUUACUUGUCUCACUUUUUGCUUUCACUUUAAACUUUGUUUUUUUCUUUGCCUUUUCAGGAUCAUGUGAAAGAAAAGCUGAAGUUGGUUCAGGACUUCCUCCAUGUUGAUGCUCAGGACCAGCUGACCAGCCUUGAAGAAAAAAUGAAAAAUUCAGAGAUCUCAAUGGUUGGUUACUUAACAAGAUACCAGAAUAUUUUGGCGCUUAAAGGGAUAUUCCGGCAUGAAAUUAAGUUAGGGUCAAACACGUGACUAAAGUCAGUAUAACUAGAGAAGCAAGUGGUCAGCAACAUUCAUCUCUUGAGGGGCGUGUCUAACUUGGUUCUGUUUGCCUGUUGCUCUCCUCAGGAGGUCUACAUCUCUAAAGUAAAAGCCCUGCUGGGAAAGGAGCUUACACUUGAAAAUGGUUCACAUGCUGAUAGUGUGGAGCAGAAUGGGAAAACGAAUGGAUUUACAAACGGCUCCCACAAAGACAACGGCGAAGAGGUGACAAUGGAGGUUCAGGAAGAAGAUGAGACUUUAAAAUCCCCAACUGCUUCCAAAGGGAAGGGUGGGCGCAAAAGCAAGGCCAACUCUGACACACCAAGUAAGUUAGAGACCUCUUGUUAAUAUUCAUCAUGAGUUUCAAGAUCAAAUGAAGUAAUUCAAGUGUUUUUUAAAAGAAUGAUUUAGGGAAAAAGUAACCUUAUUUUUUCCUCUAGACAGUACCAGGGUUACAAGAAACAGUGGGAAACAACCCACCAUCAUGUCAAUGUUCUCCAAAGUGUGAGUAUCUGUGCAUCAGUUGCCCUGUAAGCAUGUUAAAUCAACAAAAACGUACAGCUUACCUAUUGUACAUUUCUCCAAUGCUGAAUAUGAACUCUGUCUUGCAGACAAAAGCGCAAGUCUGAAGAUUUAAAUGGAGAGCCGACUAACGGACAAACCGAGGUGAAGAAAGAAGAAAAUGACGCUCCUGAGGUGAACCUUUCUCAUCAUCCAGUGAUAUUUUUAUUGAUUUAUUUUCUCAAGCAGGAUUAAUAACACUGUGUAUACGUUUAACGCUUUGUAGACUCGGGAGGAAAAACGUCUCAAAGUGGACCCUGAUGAAAAGUAAGUAUCUACCUUCUAAAUACAAAAUGAUGAUGAUCCAGCUCACACUUGUAAACAUACUCCUAUUUGUUUUUUUUCCUGCAGUGCUGCUCUACAAGAAACAAAGAGCGAGAUUAUGAAGCCAGUCUCAGCUGCAAAGGUAAGGAGUGAGGUCUUGUAGUUCAGUGUUAUGAAGACAGAACAGUGCAUCUCUUCUUAUGUCCUCUCUGCAUACAGCAGCGUCUCCAUUAGGGCUUUGUGCAACUUUUUAACGCGCAAAGAUGGAGUAUCAUUUGAAUAUGGGAUGAGCGAUUACAGUGAUUAAUAAGUACAUUGUGACAGGAAUAAUAUUUCUUUGUUGUUGUUUGCUUUUAGACCCCACCCCCUAAAUGUCAAGACUGCAGACAAUACUUGGAUGAUUCAGAUCUCAAGUUUUUUCAAGGGGAUCCUGAUAAUGCGGUAAGAAGUUUGUCACCAUUAUAGUUUUUUUUUUUUUUAAGGAUAUAAUCGUCAUAUUCGGGCAGAUAUUUUUAAACAUCAUCCAUUGUAUUCAUUAAAACCUCUACUACUCCUAUUUUCAUUUUCAGCUGGAUGAGCCUGAAAUGUUGACAGACGAGCGCCUCUCUCUGUUUGAUUCUAAUGAAGAUGGAUUUGAGAGCUAUGAGGAUUUGCCACAGCACAAGAUUACAAACUUCAGGUCAGUGAUUUCCCGUUUGUUGUUUUAAAUGAAACUCUGCUUUUGUGUUAAAUAACAGGAAGACCGAGAGGGUCACAAGCUUUUAUUUACACCAACUGAGGUAAAGUCGACUAAAGUGCGAGUGUCUUUCAGUGUGUACGACAAGCGCGGCCACCUUUGCCCAUUUGACUCUGGACUGAUCGAGAAGAAUGUGGAGCUCUACUUCAGCUGUGUGGUCAAACCAAUCUAUGAUGACAACCCCUGCUUGGAUGGUAAAUCCAAACAAAAGUAACCAGAUUUGACCUUUUUGAGCUACUAAACUUUGGUGUUAACUUUUGCUUUUGUAAAACUCUUAAGGUGGUGUUCCUGCUAAGAAGCUCGGACCUAUCAAUGCCUGGUGGAUCACUGGCUUUGACGGAGGAGAGAAAGCUUUGAUUGGUUUCACCACAGGUAGUUGCUGUUCCACACUUUGUUCUUAUAUCAACCUCUGCACUACGCGAUAAACUGAGUUUGAAUAUCUCUCUCUUUUUCUCUCUUUUUUCAGCUUUUGCCGACUACAUCUUGAUGCACCCGAGCGAUGAGUAUGCACCCAUUUUCGCUCUGAUGCAGGAGAAGAUCUAUAUGAGCAAGAUCGUGGUGGAGUUUCUCCAGAAAAACCGUGAUGCUACUUAUGAAGACCUUCUCAAUAAGAUCGAGGUGAGUGAGGACCAAUUUUCGGUCUUCCUUCCCAUAACUGGUUGCUUCCCUUUUUUUUAUUCUUUUCAAAUUAAAGUCUUGAAUUUCCAAAAGGGUUUAACUGUGUAGGGUUUGUGUCUGAUUGCAAAUAUCAUUUGCACUCGAAUUUCACUGAAGGGAUCCAAAGCACAUGACAGAAGUGAAACGUGCUGAUAUAAGCCAUUUUUUAUGUCAAUUCCAGUAAUACUAAUUAAACUGACACAUGAGGGCGCCAUGAAACUGCAAAAACCAUGACACAUGCAUAAAUUGAAAAAUUUUUUGCAAGUAAAAAGGUCUGAAAAUAUAUGAGUGUAGAUCUGAGGGUAAAGACCAACAUGAUUUCUGAAACCAGGAGCAUAAACCCCCUUUUAAAAACUACAGUUUAACCGUUCUUAUCAACUCCCAUCUUUUUUUUCCCUCUCUUUUAGACCACUGUGCCUCCAGCAGGGCUCAACUUCAACUGCUUCACUGAAGACACUCUGCUGCGCCAUGCCCAGUUCGUGGUGGAGCAGGUGGAGAGCUACGACGAGGCUGGAGACUCGGACGAGCAGCCCAUCAUUGUUACGCCCUGCAUGAGAGACCUGAUCAAGCUCGCAGGAGUCACCCUUGGAAAAAGGUAAAGCUUAAAAAAGAAAAAAAAAAAAGAUCAUGACUCUGAAUUUUUGUUCUUUCUUACCAUGAAUUGAUAUCAGAUGUCUCAUUUACUUAACUUUGUCUCCUUGGCCUUUUUAAGAGGAUAGUUCCAGGUUUGCAUCCAUAUAGACAUCUCACCUGCUCCCUUGUUUCAACGGUUGGAAUGAUUCCCAGAGUCUUGGCCUUUUUAUAACUCCAUUCAUAUAACAUUUUUAAAGCACUGUCUCUGAGUACUUGAGGUCACAGUGAAAACAAACAUGAGCAGUGUACAUUUUACUUAAAAUAUCCCAAAAUACUCGAGGAAUUUGAGGCGUUUGACCCGUUUUUUUUUCCUUUGGAUUCCUUUUUGUCUGCUCUUGCUCCUUGUUCUCCCUGAUGUCUAACAUUCCUUUGACAUUUCCUAAUGCAGCAUGCUGCUGUACUGGUAGGUAGGCCUUGUGGUGGUGAAUGCGUCAUUAGCUUGUAUGGUGGUGUGUUUUAGUGUGGAGCAUUUAGAAAUUUAUAUGGACAGAAAGAGCAUUAUACCAAAGUUCAUGCUGGAAGUGUGUCAGUACUUUCAUUCAUUUUUUUAAAUUUUGUCUUUUUUUGGGAGGGUUUUAUGAUUUUAUUGUAGUUUUCUGGCAUAUUUGAAUUCUUGCCACAUAACAUAAUAAAACAACAAUUGAGUAAAUAAAAAUGUGAUUGGAGAGGACAUUGCACAAAAGUUAAUUCUAUUGAUUAUACGAUUUAAUGUAAGCAAAGCAAAGUUCACAAAAAUGGUAUUUUGUUCAUCUUCAAAUAUGCAAAAGUUGCUUUUUUUGUUUGUUUGUUUCACAUUCCAAUCAUGCAAACUCUGUUCUCAACCUGCAACAUUUCUAAAUAACACAAACCGAGCAAAUCAGUUGUUAUUUUUGGGCUCAAGUGCAUCCAAACAGUAAUCAGUGGAAAAGGAGGGUUGUUUCCCACUUGCAUGCCUACCUCCACUGUUCUGAUCAGUGAUGUGAACCAUCAGGUAAAAACCAAAAUAUGUAGUUAAAACUCGGCUACAAAUUCAGACAAUGAGAUGUAAAGAUGUACCGUAAUGUUAAGUUCUAACUAUGAGCCGACCAGAGGGUUUGGCAGGGACUUGAUUGGCUUCUUACAUCAGACAGGAACUCUGCAUUGUACAUCUUAACUGUCUGUUUGGUUUUGUUUGCUUGUUUCUUUUGUUGCAUGGCCAGACACUGUGGUGUAUUGAAGGCCGGGGGGGCUUCAUAGUGCCAUCGCUCCAUGUAUCAUCAAGUGCUAGUGCCAAAGCUGAGCAGGCCUCCCCUCUAAACGCAAACUGUUUUCUGCCGACAGGAGAGCUGCCAGAAGACAGGCCAUCCGCCACCCCACGAAAAUCGAGAAAGACAGCAAAGGGCCGACUAAAGCCACGACGACCAAGCUGGUGUACCAGAUCUUUGAUACCUUCUUCUCUGAUCAGAUUGAGCAGAACGGUAAAGAGGGCGGUGGAGCCAAAAGACAGCGCUGUGGUGUCUGUGAGGUGAGCGGUUUUCGCACCAUUAACAUUUAAUCCAACCUCAUCUGAAGUGCAAGAAGCUGAAACCAACACGUUUGAUUCUGUUCCAAGGUUUGCCAAUCUCCUGAUUGUGGCAAGUGCACAGCCUGUAAGGACAUGAUUAAAUUUGGAGGAAGUGGAAAAAGCAAGCAGGCUUGUAAGCAGAGACGGUGAGCAACGUUUCCUGAGUGGCUUUUCGAUUUCUUUCACCUGCAGCCCUUUUGCAAAUCAUACACACAUAUCUCUUCAUACAAUUAAUGAAGAGAAAUAUUUUCAACCCACAAUCCUCUGUUUAGAUGCCCAAACCUUGCGGUCAAAGAGGCUGAAGAUGAUGAGAUUGUCGAGGAGGAAGAUGUCCCUGCAGAGAAGGCCAAAAAGAUUGCUCAUGCUAAGAGGAAGAAGCAGAGCCAGUGCAAACUGACAUGGAUCGGGGAUCCUAUCCAGGUAUGUGUCUUUAUCUAGGGUUGUUGCUGUAAAGACCUCCUGAAAGCCAGGAACGAUGUGUUUUAUAUAAAACCUCUUUUUGUUCCAGACUGAAGGGAAGAAGCAGUACUACCAGAAGGUCUGUGUGAAUGAUGAAGAGCUGGAGGUGGGCGACUGCGUCUCCGUCUCAUCAGAGGAUCCAAGCAUCCCUCUGUAUCUAGCGAGGUACGACACUUUUAGAUUCUUUUUAACCGCAUCUUGUCUUCGUGGCAUCUCUAAAUCUAUAAUGAACUCCGUCUCAGGAUCACGUCUCUGUGGGAAGACAACAAUGGAAAGAUGUUCCACGCCCACUGGUUCCUGCGAGGGAUUCACACAGUGUUGGGGGAGUGUUCUGAUCCGCUGGAGCUUGUCAUUGUUGAUGAAUGUGAAGACAUGCUACUCAACUACGUACAAGGGAAAGUGAAUGUCACCUACAAGGCUCCCUCCAACAACUGGUUCAUGGAGGUACGCUCACUUGGCAGCAUAUGAAAUGUGUUUUUUUUUCCCUCAUACAUUUUUCCUGAUCCCUUUUUUUUUCGUGUAUCUUAGGGGGGCAUAGAUGUAGACCUCAGAGUCAUCGAGGAUGAUGGAAAGAGUUUCUUCUAUCAGUUCUGGUAUGACACCGACUUUGCCCGAUUUGUGACUCCGCCCAAGACCACUCAAGUAGACGACUGCAAGUUCAAGUAAGAGCCAUCAACGUGUUUAUAAUUUACCCAUGAUUUAUCCUUUCUCUGUCUUGGAACACGUGAUGAGUGCGCUCCUGUCUGCUUUUAGGUUCUGUGGCAGCUGUGUUCGAACUAAAGGCAGAGAAAACAAUGAGACACCUUGUGUUUCUGAACCCCUGGAGGACAGCAACGUCGACUCCAAGGCCCUGUAUGCUUCGGCCUGCUUUAAGGGGGAGCAGUUCAAGGUUGGAGACAGUGUCUACCUGCCUCCAGAAACUUUUAAUUUUAGGUAACUCACUUUGUUUGUGCUUCACUCUGACAUGUACGAUUAGGAGAAUGUAUCUAAACUUCUGCACUUUUGUUUCGGGUGACUAGCGUAAAGCCAGCGAGUCCGGUGAAGCGCUCUCACAGAAAAGACGAUGUGGAUGAGGACUUGUAUCCAGAGUACUACAGGAAGUCUUCAGACUAUAUCAAAGGGUCAAACUUGGACGCUCCGGAGCCAUUCCGCAUCGGGCGCAUCAAGGAGAUCUUCUGCCACAGGCGGAGCAACGGGAAACCAGACUCGGCAGAGGUCAAACUGCGGGUCUACAAGUUAUACAGGUAACAAAUGUCAUUUUUGAACAUGACUGCCUCUCAGGGUUUGUCUAAAAAAGAAAAAAACAUUUCAAUUUUUUUCCUUUUGUUUGCCAGGCCGGAGAACACACACAAAGGCGUCAAAGCCAGUUACCACACAGACAUCAACCAGUUAUACUGGAGCGAUGAAGAAGUGACCGUCAGCAUGUCUGACGUCCUCGGCCGCUGUCAGGUGGAAUACGGUGAAGACCUGAACGAAUCAGUCCAGGACUAUUCCAGUAAUGGACCCGAUCGCUUCUACUUUCUUGAGGUGAGGGUUGUUGAUACUCUAUACAAGGGCAGUAAUUAUAGAUGAUCUGUAAAACCCUUUUUAUUGCAUCAGUUCAGAGCUGCCAGCAUGUUGGUAUUGUGUAAAGCAGUGGUUCUCAACUGGUCUCACUCUGGGACCCACAUUUUCCCACGAUCCUUAAGUCGUGACCCACUUUUAUAGAAUUCAGACCAAGCAAAUUUAUUUGUUAUUAAAAAAAAAAAAAAAAACUUUAAAAACUUUAAUCUUUAACAUAAAUCUGCUUGUUUUAUUGAGUAAAGUGCAUUUCAGAGCACAUGAAGGGGACAACAUGAGGACGACAACUACUGAAGUUGCUUAUACAGAAAAUGUCAAAUAAAUAUCGCAUUAAAUAUUUAUAACUGGACCCACCAGUUGAGAACCACUGGUGUAAAGCAUCUUCCCCCUUUUUUUUGAAAUGUUAUCCCUGCUGCCUUAUAUUAAAUGUUUGUCCUCUCUGUACUACACUUCACACAUUUCUUUUUUAGGCCUACAAUGCAAAAACCAAGAGUUUUGAGGACCCUCCGAAUCAUGCUCGCUCUGCUACUAAUAAGGGCAAAGGCAAGGGAAAAGGGAAAGGUAAAUAUAUAGUGUUUUAAUACUUAAAGUAUGUUUUUAAGGCUCACUGGACUCCUUAUCCAAUUAUCAUAUUAUUCUCUAAAAGGUAAAGGCAAAGGAAAAGCAUCAGCUGCACAGGAACCACAGGACUCCCAGAGUGAACCACAGGCUCCCAAAGUGCCCAAAUAUCGCACACUGGAUGUGUUCUCUGGCUGCGGUGGACUUUCUGAAGGCUUCCACCAGGCUGGUAAAUGCUCGUUCCAUGUCAUCUGACCUCCAACUUUCAUUGAUUGACAGCAUUUUGUGAUGAUGACCUGUCUGCUGAUCGCCUUCAGGUAUCUCUGAGACUCUGUGGGCCAUCGAGAUGUGGGAGCCCGCAGCACAGGCCUUCAGGCUCAACAACCCAGGCACCACAGUGUUCACCGAGGACUGCAACGUCCUGCUGAAGCUGGUCAUGUCCGGAGAGAAGACAAACUCUCUGGGUCAGAAGCUGCCUCAGAAGGGGGACGUGGAGAUGCUGUGUGGAGGACCUCCCUGCCAAGGCUUCAGUGGGAUGAACCGCUUCAACUCUCGCACUUACUCAGCAUUCAAGAACUCACUGGUGGUCUCUUAUCUCAGGUCAGUGUAGAUGCGAGCAGAUUCUCGCCGCUGUGAGUGAAGUUUUCUACAGUGGAGACUAUUCAGUGCACACUUACAUAGUUCUCUUCUCUUGCAGUUACUGCGAUUACUACAGACCCAAGUUCUUCCUCCUGGAGAACGUGAGGAACUUUGUUUCAUUCAAAAGCUCCAUGGUCCUGAAGUUGACUCUUCGCUGUCUGGUGCGCAUGGGCUACCAGUGUACUUUUGGUGUCCUUCAGGUGAGUCUGGGUGAACUGGUUGGUACUUAAAGGUGGACAGAAUUUAGAUGUAUCCAAAUAACAUUUAGAGUCUUACUCAGAUUGACUGUAGUCACCUCUAACUUACUUUUUUUUUCCCUCUUUCUUUUCCUGUCCUCAUCAGGCCGGUCAGUACGGAGUUGCUCAGACCAGGCGCAGGGCCAUCAUCCUUGCUGCUGCACCCGGAGAGGAGCUACCUCGCUACCCUGAGCCUCUGCACGUGUUCGCUCCCAGAGCCUGUUCUCUGAGCGUCGUGGUGGACGAAAAGAAAUACGUCAGCAACGUCACACGGUAGUGCAAAUAUUCUGUGAAUUUUAUAGAUACUGUUUAUUGGCCGUGUGAUUGCAGACUAGACAGUCUUUUGUCUUCAACAGAGGUAACGGAGGAAUCUACAGGACCAUCACUGUCAGGGACACCAUGUCUGACCUGCCUGAAAUCCGCAACGGCGCUGCUGCAUUAGAGAUCUCCUACAACGGGGAGCCUCAGUCCUGGUUCCAGCGGCAGAUCAGAGGCACACAGUAUCAACCAAUCCUCAGAGAUCAUAUCUGCAAGGUGAGCGGUGCUUGAUAGAAACAUGUAGAUGUACACGAUCACUUCUUUCCUAGUUGAGGAUAAAGACGUCAUUUCUCUCUCUCUUCAGGACAUGAGUGCUCUGGUUGAAGGCCGUAUGCGUCACAUCCCCUUGGCUCCGGGCUCUGACUGGAGGGACCUGCCCAACAUGGAAGUCCGGCUGAGAGACGGCACCAUGACCAAGAAACUCCGAUACACCCAUCCUGACAAAAAGAAUGGACGCAGCAGUACGGGUGCACUCAGAGGUGUUUGCACUUGUGCAGGAGGUACGCAGGUUGAUUUUUCUAUUUUAGUGCCAAAAAUAAGAGAUUCAACGUCGAGCAUUAACACAUCUCUGAUUUUGUUUGCCGCGUCAGGGAAGCCAUGCGACCCCGCAGACAGGCAGUUCAACACCCUGAUCCCUUGGUGUUUGCCCCACACCGGGAACCGCCACAACCACUGGGCUGGACUCUACGGCAGAUUGGAAUGGGACGGUUUCUUCAGCACAACCGUCACCAAUCCUGAACCCAUGGGCAAGCAGGUACGCCAGCUUUUCAUGGAGUCUGUUUCGAUCAUUCAUUGAAAGUUUUUAUCUCUGCAAGUUUUAAGACGUAAUCCAUAAUCCACUGAUUUGCAGUUUAACCCAGACUUUUAAGAUUUCAUAAUUUGAUCGCCAUGAACUUGAUAAUUUCAAGGAUUGUAAUGCAUCUCCUGCAUCUGGAUCUAAUAUUUUUUUCUCCUUCAGGGCCGUGUUCUGCAUCCCGAGCAGCACAGAGUGGUCAGUGUGAGGGAGUGCGCACGCUCUCAGGGAUUCCCUGACACAUAUCGCUUCUUCGGAAACAUCCUGGACAAACACAGACAGGUAAACCUUUGGUCUUAUGACCGGACUGUGCUUUAGUUUUGAAACAUACUACACUUCUAUAUACUACAGAUCUGUAUUAAUGAUCAAUUGAUCAGUAACCCAAAGAGGCAUAAGCUCUGGCUGUGCUUUUGGAUUUACAGUAAAUCUAAACCUUAUCUCUCUGAGGGCUGCUUCAGAAAAUUUAAAAUCCUCUCGAUUUUAACAAAGUUCUCCUGACAACUUGAACGUUUUAAAACUUUGAGUCAAAGUUUUAAAUGACUCCUUCUGUUUCUUUCAGGUUGGAAACGCUGUGCCCCCUCCUCUCUCCAGAGCCAUUGGCCUGGAGAUCAAAAAAUGUGCCAUGAGCAGAGUGAAGAAAGAGCAAGCACAAGGUGACUUUUUCUGUAGUUACUUAAAUUUCAACCCUGAAUAUGCAUGAACUGUUUUUACAAAUGUGCUGUUUUUUAUUUUUAUUUUGUAGAAAACAUCAAACAAGAGAAGAUGGAGGUCUCUGAUUAAGUUCCCUCUCCAGCAAGAAUCAGUUCCACAAAGCUGUGUAGGGCCGUCAUUUCUAUUCCAUAAGCUGGCUUUCAACUGUGUCACUAAAGUGGUCACCAUGGAUAUUCUGUGCCGUGCCAUUCCAUUCAUUGUUUAUUUAAAAUCUGUUUUAAAUGUGCUUUUCAUCAUGAUGUUGGGAAAUGAUUGCCCCGUGUGGGACAAAUUGUAUGUAGUUUUUAAUGUUUCAAAUAAAGCUCUUAUCAAUUA